AUGGCUUCUCUCCCAAAGCGCGCUGUCAUUACCGUCACUUCAGCCAAGGCUGACCUCUUCAACGGCAAAGAGACAACUGGCGUCUUCAUUUCGGAGGCUCUUCACCCAUUUCGAGUGUUCCGCGAUGCUGGCUUUGAGGUUGACUUGGUCUCGGAGACUGGCAAGUACACGCCGGAUUGGCUGUCACUGCAGUCCGAUUUCCUAAAUGGCUCCGACAAGGAGAUGUACGAUGACCUUCAGAGCGAGUUCCGGAAGAAACUCGAUAACAUGCCGACCCCUUCUGAGCUUGAUGGCAAUAACUACGGAAUUUUUUUCGCUUCGGCUGGUCACGCUGCCCUCAUUGACUACCCAACUGCUACUGGCCUGCAGAAAAUCGCCGAGGAUAUCUGGGCAAAUGGUGGAGUUGUGUCUGCCGUUUGCCACGGUCCUGCCAUUUUCGCCAAUAUCAAGGACAAGGCCACUGGAAAGCCCAUUAUUGCCGGUAGAACUAUCACUGGAUUCACCACGGAGGGAGAAGAUGUCCUGAAGAUCAUGUCCGAGAUUAAGAGCUGGGGCAAGCCUCUCGUGGAGGAGCAUGCAGCGGCUCUUGGUGCUACCUACAAGCGUCCCGACAACGUUUGGGCUGAUUUGCACGUUGUUGAUGGACGCGUAGUAACCGGUACCAACCCCGCGAGUGCUACGUCGACGGCUAAGGCUGCCGUGGAAGUUUACAACAGCCUUUGA